GGCUGGGCCCGGGUCUCGCUGCCGUCGGAGAGGAGCAGGCUGCGCUCGGCGCUACCUUCUGCGACCUGGCCGUCAGCCCCACGUCGCCGGCCUGGAGGGGCGAAGAAGACGACGAGGCCAAGGCUCCCUCCGGGGAUUUUGGCACUCUCGAUUAUCAGGAGUUUGUAGUUGACAUUGAGUCCAGACUGAGGAUGGAAGGUGUAGAACUUAAGGAAGAAUGGCAAGAUGAAGAUUUUCCAAUACCUUUACCAGAAGAUGAUAGUAUUGAAGCAGAUAUAUUAGCUGUAACUGGACCAGAGAGUCAGCCUGGCUCACUAGAAGUUAAUGGCAAUAAAGUGAGAAAGAAACUAAUGGCUCCCGACAUUAGCCUAACUCUGGAUCCUAGUGAUGGCUCUGUGUUGUCAGAUGAUUUGGAUGAAAGUGGGGAGAUUGACUUAGAUGACUUAGAUACACCAUCAGAUGACAGUAAUGAAUUUGAGUGGGAAGAUGAUCUUCCAAAACCCAAGACUACUGAAGUUAUUAGGAAAGGCUCAAUUACUGAAUAUACAGCAGCAGAGGAAAAAGAAGAUGGACGACGCUGGCGUAUGUUCAGAAUUGGAGAACAGGACCACAGGGUUGAUAUGAAAGCAAUUGAACCCUAUAAGAAAGUUAUCAGCCAUGGAGGGUAUUAUGGAGAUGGAUUAAAUGCCAUUGUUGUGUUUGCUGUCUGUUUUAUGCCUGAAAGUGGUCAACCUAAUUAUAGAUACCUGAUGGACAAUCUCUUUAAGUAUGUUAUUGGCACUUUGGAGCUGUUAGUAGCAGAAAACUACAUGAUAGUUUAUUUAAAUGGUGCAACAACUCGAAGGAAAAUGCCCAGUCUGGGAUGGCUCAGGAAAUGCUAUCAACAAAUUGACAGAAGGUUACGGAAAAACCUAAAAUCUCUAAUCAUUGUACAUCCCUCUUGGUUUAUAAGAACACUUCUGGCUAUUACAAGACCAUUUAUUAGCUCAAAAUUCAGCCAAAAAAUUAGAUACGUCUUUAAUUUGGCAGAACUAGCAGAGCUUGUCCCCAUGGAAUAUGUUGGAAUACCAGAAUGCAUAAAACAGUAUGAAGAAGAAAAGUUAAAAAAGAAAAAGAAAAGAGUUGAUCAAGAGCUUAAUGGAAAACAAGAUGAACCGAAAAAUGAACAGUAAGUUUGGCAUCUAGUCCAAACACAACUGAAGAAUGUGCUGAUGAAGCAGUGCUUUUUUGCAUUUAUAAUGCAUUUAUUGGUCCUGAUUUUUAUGUAACCUGUUACAGAAUUGACUUGACUUUUUCUUAAUG